AUGCCUUAUUCCUACGAGCGCUAUGAAACGCGCCGCCGACAGGGAUAUGGUGCUUCCUCUGGGCGAACAGCAUGGGGACACUGGAUUCCUCUAGCUGUCACCGUGACCAUUGCGACGGCAGGCGUAGUAGCAUGGAUUUGGAACGAGCGCAAAGAUGACGAUGAUGACCACGAUUACCCCCCUCCACCACAAGGAGAUCGUCCACCAGAUGGCUAUGGCCCACCACCUGGCACCGGCUACGGCGCUUCUGGUCCACAAGGACCUCCAGGAGGCUUCGGCCCUCAAAGUGGCUACUCGGGCCCCCCACCAUCUAAUCUUGACAACAUACCUCCUGGUCAGACCCCUUACGGCCCCGAUCCGGAACAGCGCGAAAUCGGGGACGAUGGCAUCGUGUCGAGGGUAUCGGGUGCAUUACGGCGAACACCAAGUCCGCAGCAGAUAUUCGACGGUGCUAGUAAGCGUGUUGUGGCUGGUGUCGCUGCUGCUGGUGCUGCUGUUGGAGGUGCCCUGGCUUCGAUCACGGAGGAGGAAAAAGGUGGCUAUGAAGAUCACACUAGAUGGUCUGAGGAAGCAGAUUCGCAGAAUGACUCGUCGCGAAAAGGGCCUGAGUUACGUGACACAGAAAGUGCGACGAUCAUAAGCCAGACCCAGACAGGUAGCAAGUCAAGCAAGAAGAAGAAGAAGAAGAAGACAGUAGUGAUUGUCGUUUCUGCCGAGACGGAUCAUCAAUAUGAGGAAGAUGCGGGAUAUCAUCAAGAGCAUGCUUCUAUCCUAUCUCAUUUGCCGGAUCACGUUGAUCAGGAUACACGCGUUUUUGUCUUGAUCUACGACCCCACACUUAAAGAGCAUCCCUUAGCCUCGAGUGAGCAGCAGACCCAGUCUAUGUCAUCAUCAUACUCUAACAUCGGACAUGAAGACGCUCAAAGUCGUGGUGAGGUCAGCCCAGCUCAAAGCACACCUGUAAGAUCGAAAAUGUUCGAAACUCUUUACGGCCAGGCAAAGGUGAUUGUUGAGAAAGAAACGAUGAUCAUGCCUUUUACUACGCCGACAGCCUUUGUGCAGAUGGUGCGACAAUUGGAACCAGAGACUGUAUAUCUGCAAUCAUCGUUGGCUGGCUCCCAUGGCGAACAGCUAGACAUCAUGAAGAAUUGGGUCGGUCAGAUUGUUCUUGUCGUAGGCGACGAGAGCGGGCACGCUUGGUUUCAAUCCUUUGAGAUCUACGCAAUGAUUGGGAGCAUGACUAAUGUAGUAUACUUAGGUGGGUUGGUCGAUAGUGAGGACGAGCGAGGAACUGACGACGCACAAACCAGAUGGUGGCUUCAAGACUCACGAAUCGGGCUGGGUAAGGGCAUUGAAGUAGUUGAAGGGCUACGCAUUGGGGAAGAUUGGGGGAGACGGAUCAAGGGUCAUGAUUGA